AUGGGGCUGCGGGAGGUUGCGCUGUGGGGGACCCUCCUGCUGCUGCUGCCGCCGGGACCCGACCGGCUGGAGGGGGCCCGUGGCGGGCCGCUGCGGAGGCGGCUUGCGGCGGAGCUGGGCUGCGGGGAGCUGCGCGGAUUCGAGCCCAUCCUGGGCAACAACACCUACCAGUAUGUCUUUGAUGACUUCAGCGGCACUGUAUCACUCUCCUGGGUUGGAGACAGCACUGGAGUUAUUCUCGUCCUGACCACAUUCAAGUUACCGCUGCUGUUCGUGAGUUUCAAGCAGUCCAAACUCUACAGGAGCGAGGACUAUGGAAAAACUUUCAUAGACAUCACAAAGCUCAUUAACCACACCUUCAUCCGGACGGAGCUUGGGAUGGCCAUCGGCCCAGAGAACUCGGGGAAGGUGAUUCUGACGGGGGACAUGCCUGUGCCUGGAGGGAGCCGUGGAGGAAAGAUCUUCAGAUCGUCUGAUUAUGCUAAGAACUUUGCUCAGACAGAUCUCCCCUUUCAGCCCCAGAGUCAGGUCAUAUACCACCCGCAGAACUCCGACAACCUGCUGGUCCUCAGCACCGAAAACAGCCUCUGGGUGUCCAGGAACUUUGGGGAGAAGUGGGAAGAAAUCCACAAAGCUGUUUGUCUGGCAAAAUGGGGCCCUGACACCACCAUCUUCUUCACCACCUACCUGAAUGACUCCUGCAAAACUGAUCUUGGGUUUUUGGAGCUAAAGAAAACCAAUGACUUUGGCAAAAGCUUCAAGACCAUAGGAAACAAAAUCUACUCGUUUGGCCUAGGAGGUCGCUUCCUGUUUACUUCUGUGGUGACGGAGAAGGGCAAUACGAGGAGGAUCCAUGUCUCGACUGACCAAGGGGAGACCUGGAAUAUGGCCCAGCUUCCAUCUGUGGGUCAGGAGCAGUUCUUCUCCAUCCUGGCAGCUAACGAGGACAUGGUGUUCAUGCAUGUGGAUGACCCUGGAGAUACUGGGUGUGGCACAAUCUACACCUCAGACGAUCGAGGCCUCAUCUACUCCAAGUCCCUCGAACGGCAUCUCUACACAGGCAUUGGGAGUGAAACUGACUUCACCAAUGUGACCUCGCUGCGGGGCGUCUAUAUCACCAGCGUGCUCUCUGAAGACCGUUCCAUCCAGUCGGUGAUAACGUUCGACCAAGGUGGCGAGUGGCUGCCGCUGAGGAUGCCUGUCAACGCUAAAUGUAACUCCACAGCAAAGAACAAGGAGGAGUGUACCCUUUACCUCUAUGCAUUGUACGGCAUCUCCCUGAAUCACAAUGUGCCCAUGCUGCCUCUGUCCGAGCCCAAUGUGGUGGGAAUAGUCAUCGCUCACGGCAGCGUGGGGGAUGCCAUCUCCGUGGUGAGCCCAGACGUUUACAUAUCUGAUGAUGGGGGCUAUACCUGGGCACGGGUGCUGGAAGGGCCCCAUCACUACGCCAUCCUGGACUCCGGGGGCAUCAUCGUAGCCAUUGAGCACAGCCUCGAGCCGAUCAAUGUGAUUAAGUUCUCGACGGAUGAAGGCCAGUGCUGGCACAAGUAUACUUUCUCCAAGGAGCCCAUUUACUUCACUGGUCUGGCGUCGGAGCCAGGAGCCAGAUCUAUGAACGUCAGCCUCUGGGGCUACAGAGACUCUGUCUUGCCCCGCAAAUGGGUCUCCUACACCAUUGACUUCAGUCAUCUUCUCAGCAGGAACUGUGAGGACAACGACUAUACUAUCUGGCUGGCUCACUCCAGCGAGCCCGGCAGCCGCACUGAUGGCUGCGUUCUGGGCUAUAAGGAGCAGUACCUGCGUCUCCGCAAGUCAUCUGUCUGUCAGAAUGGCCGGGAUUACGUGACGAUGAAGCAGCCAUCUGUCUGCCCGUGCACGCUGGAGGACUACCUCUGCGAUUUUGGCUAUUUCCGCCCUGAAAACCAGUCUGUCUGCGUGGAGCAGCCGGAGCUGAAGGGCCAUGACCUAGAGUUCUGUCUCUAUGGCAGGCAGGAGCUACUGACGACUAGAGGGUAUCGUAAGAUCCCGGGAGACAAAUGUAGCGGUGGGAAGAGUCCGAGCCGUGAGGUGACGGACCUGAAGAGGAAAUGCACAAGCAACUUGUUGACCCCCAGCCAGCUGUCCGCUGCCUCCAGCUCUGCUCCCAUAAUCCUGGCUGUCGUGGGCGUCAUGCUCCUCACCAUCAUAGCUGGAGUCCUGAUCAUUAAGAAAUACGUCUGUGGGGGCAGGUUCCUGGUCCAUCGCUAUUCCGUCCUGCAGCAGCACGCAGAGGCGAAUGGGGUGGAAGGGGUUGAAGCUCUGGAUGCAGCCAGCCCUGCUAAUAAAGGGGGCUACCACGACGAUUCUGACGAGGACCUCCUGGAGUAGGGGCACGUCGCUGCUCGCUGGCACUGGACAAGUGGGUUUGGACGCUGCCACAGAUCUGCAGAACAGCAAACGCCUCCUCCGGCCCACAUUUCUCCGCAGUGGCUGCCUGACCCCUUUCCGAGGGACUCCACCCUCCUGUCGCUUCCCUUGAGACUGUCCAGAGCCAGCAGCGCUGCUGACCCGGGGAGGAUUCAGGGAGCUGCUGCAGCGACCUGGCGGCCCAGAGGCCGGGGAGUGGGGGACGUGGGCGUAAUUUAACUUUAUUUUAAUGAGAUUUCUUUCCAGCUGUUUGUUUUUUAAGGAAGACUAAAUAGGAAGGUGAAACCAGCAUUUCACUGAGCACUAACCAUGACGAAGGUGCAAUUCACCCUGCUGCAGAGAGAAGGCUCUUAACUCCAGUGUCACCCCUCGGGGGCUCAUCUCUGCCUCG